AUGGCCAUGUACCCAACGGACCAACCACCACCACAACAAUGUUUGGCACCGUCGUAUCAAUACGGACAACCGGCUCCACCGCCGUUUGCCGGUCCCGUCACCACACCGAGCCAACAAUAUCCUAUGCAAAAUUAUUACAUGCACCCUGCCGGAAAAGUCCUUUGGUCCACAGGAGUCUGUGAUUGCUGCUAUGAUAUUCGAAACUGUAUCAUCACAUUGUUUUGUCCUUGCAUCACCUUUGGGCAGAUUGCUGAGAUUGUCGAUCAUGGAUCAGUCUCAUGCAUAGCAAAUGGAAUUGUUUACUCGGUAAUCCAAGGGUUCUUGGGGCUAGCUUGUCUGUACUCAUGCUUCUACCGCACGAGAAUGAGGCACCAAUUCAUGUUGGCCGAGACACCCUACCCGGACUGGUGCAUUCAUAUCUUCUGCGAGCAAUGCGCAUUGUGCCAAGAAUUCCGCGAGCUCCAAAACCGUGGCUUCGACAUGUACAUCGGAUGGGAUGCGAAUAUGGAGAAGUUCCAACGACAGGCAAUGCAAAUGUCAGCGCCACCGGUGGUGGAAGAUGGGAUGAAAAGAUAAAAGAAGAAGAAGAGAGUGAUGAUCAUUUUCU